ACCAGGGUGAAUCUGGCCCUGGCGUACACUGAACUGACAGAGGAACUUUACCGUCUGCGAGACCUUACUGCUUUACAAGGCCGGAUUCUGAGGUCACUGCUGGAGGACCAAGCAGGACAGAGGCAUUCUCCUCCACAUCGCCAUUCUCCUUGCCAGCUGCGUCAUUCUCCUUCAUCUCUCCGUCAUUCGCCAUCCACACAGCGCCGCUCCCCUGUUCCACAAUGCCCAUCUCCCAUCUUACAGAGAAGAUCCCCUGUCCCACAGUCUCCAGCACAUCAACGCCGUUCUCCGGUGCCACCUUCCUCACCCUCACGUAGGUCACCUGUACCUUCACCAUGUCCGUCCCCUUUGGGAACUGAUAUUCAUUACCCAAAACCUCCAGCUCAUCAAGCUAAAGCAUCUUUCCAAGCACGUCGUAGCUAUUCCGAAAUUAGUGAGCCUGCUCUGUAUCCACGAGCACCACGUUCCCUAUGGAUGCCAGCAGGGACAGCUACCUUACCAAAACAGAGAUCCUACAAUGAGGGAUACGCAGGAAGCCCACCUACUAUACCCUGCUUCCAUGAUCCACAACAACAGUCCUCUGACGAGGACGAAUGGAGUCCUCCAUCCCCACCCAGUCCAGAGCCUGGAGCAGUACGUUGUGCUUCCUUUUGUGCUGGGUUCCCCAUACCUGAUGCAGCA